AUGUCUCUUCCAAAAGGUCUUACAUGGACAGGAAUGUAUUUAAAUCCAGCCAAUGCAUUUAUUCAAUCCUGGGGACUUGGUACAGUAUCACCAAUUCAUCAUAUUAUUGUCUAUUGGUUAGGACCAAUGUUUGGUGUUUGGUUAUGCGUUACAGCUGAAAAAUGGACUUAUGAAUAUACGCCUAAAAUUAUUGCAUCAAUAAGUGCUCAGCAUCAUAGCCCGGAAGUCAACAAUCAUAACCAUGGUAACGGUAAAUGUCGAUCUGAUUAA